UCGUUCUGUGCAACUGCAAACCAACCCAACCAUCUCGUUCUCACACAAUUCCCCGGCGCACUCGGCCUGCCCCCUCAGUGCACGCCGCACCACCUGCAGCAGCGAUGGCCCCUGCCAAUGUCGAGCAGCAGCAGCGGCAGGUGCGGGCGGCGGCGGGCGGCGGGCGCAAGGUGGUGGACGAGGUGUCCGGGUGGCUGCGCGUGCUGGACGACGGCAGCGUCGACCGCACGUGGACCGGCCCGCCGGAGGCGCUCCCGCUGAUGCAGCCCGUGGCGCCGUACGCCGAGCCCCGCGACGGGCACACGCUGCACGACCUCCCCGGGGAGCCCAACCUGCGCGUGUACAUCCCCGAGGUGGCGGAGGGCGGCCGCGCGCGCCUGCCCGUCAUCCUGCAGCUCCAUGGCGGCGGCUUCUGCAUCUCCCACCCGUCCUGGCUCAUGUACCACCACUUCUACGCGCGCCUCGCGUGCGCCGUCCCCGCCGUGGUCGUCGCCGUCGAGCUCCCGCUCGCGCCCGAGCGCCGCCUGCCCGCGCACAUCGACGCGGGCGUCGCCGCGCUCCGCCGGCUCCGCUCGAUCGCGCUGGCGUCCGAGGACGGCGGCGGCGCGCUCGACGACCCGGCGGCCGCGCUCCUCCGCGGGGCCGCCGACGUGUCCCGGGUGUUCCUCGUCGGGGACAGCUCGGGCGGCAACCUCGUCCACCUCGUGGCCGCCGAGGCGGGGCGGGGCGGCGCGAGCGAGUGGGCGCCCCUCCGCGUGGCCGGCGGCAUCCCGAUCCACCCGGGGUUCGUGCGCGCCGCGCGGAGCCGGUCGGAGCUGGAGACGAAGGCGGCCUCGGUGUUCUUCACGCUGGACAUGCUGGACAAGUUCCUGGCGCUGGCGCUGCCGGAGGGCGCGACCAAGGACCACCCGUUCACGUGCCCCAUGGGCCCGCUGGCGCCGCCGCUGGCGUCCGUGCCGCUGCCGCCGAUGCUGGUGGCCGUGGCUGAGGACGACCUCAUCCGCGACACCAACCUCGAGUACUGCGACGCGCUGCGCGCCGCGGGCAAGGAGGUGGAGGUGCUGCUCAGCCGCCGCAUGAGCCACUCCUUCUACCUCAACAAGUACGCCGUCGACAUGGACCCCGCCACCGGGGAGCGGGCGCGGGAGCUCAUCGACGCCAUCAGGAGCUUCAUCGCCCGCCACUGAAAAGCGCAAGGACAGGGAUGCGCCCCGCACGUGCCCCGCAGGGCUCUUGCUCUGCUGGUCAAGUUCGACGUUCCAUUCCGCAUCUCAGCCAGGGCGACCAAGCAAGUCUUGCACGUGCUAGCGUUACGCCCAGGCGGACGUAGUGUCGCUUUCAUUGUGCUUGAAUUUGUCUGUACUAUAAAUGUUCCUAUCAGUCAAUAAGUCUACUUCAACAGCGAUAUACAGUACCCACUUCAUUUCAAAUUAUAAGUCGUUUUCGUAUUUCUAUGUGCAUCUUAUAUGCAUGUAUAGAUAUACAUUGAUACACCGUUUGCUCAUUAUACA